CGUGGCACGGAGACUGUGGUGAGGGGACGGAGCGCGGGGCUGAGCGAGAAGCCGGGAGAGAGGCCGUAGUCAUCACUGCUGUUAUGUCCUGGGUACAAGCUGCAGUCAGCCGAUCCGGUGAGGACAUAUUUGAUGAAGAUGCAGAUGAGAUGUAUCUACUACAGAAAGAAUGGAACAGCACCAUGAAAAGAAGAUUGAAGGAAGGCUAUAGGGAUGGAAUUGAGGCUGGGAAAGAACUUGCACUCCAGGAAGGCUUUAAUCAAGGUUACAGACAUGGUGCUGAGCUGAUGGUUACAUGUGGCCAGUUCAGAGGAACCCUGAAUGCUCUCUUAUCCUGGUGUCAUUUUAAUGGACAUGAUUCUGCUUUAAGUAAGAUAAAUAAUCUUCUUGAGGUGGUUGGAAAGUAUGAAGAAGAUGUGCUUAAGUAUUUGAAUUCCAUUGAACAACAGCCACAUCUCGGACACGUUUUAGAUUCUGUUCAGGACAUGGACCUUAAUCACACAACUCCAGCUGGGACAGAGUACAAUGAAGCGAAAGCUGGAAAACAUGAAGAUGUUGGCAGCUCUGGUGAAAACAUUUGUACAAAUAAUGGUGAGGUUGGUUCCUUGCAGUCUGAGGGCAGCAAGGCAAAACUCUGCACAGAUCCUGAAAGGUCAACCCUUGCUUGGGUUAAAAAGCAGACUGUUUGGCUAGUAGAACAACUGGGCUUAUCACUGGAUGUACUCCAUCAUGUCCAGCAACUGGAACACUAGUUUUUCUGUACCACGGUAUUUAAAAUUAUCUCAGCUGGAUUUGAUUCUCAGUUUGUGGACCAUGUACGGGCUGAUGCGUCACUUUGUUUUAGGGAAAUCUGAUUUUUAUACUUCGCAGUAGAGGUAAUUUCAGUAAAUCUUAAGCAUGCUUUGGCUCCUGGCAAAAAAACCCCUUGCUUUCAAUCUUAAACAUAACUUUCACAGAAAGGGGAAAUUACUUUUAAAGCUCUACAGAGAUUUACUAAACAUGUGUCUGUUCUGUGUCAGAAACUAUCAUUUCACCCUCACUUUCUCUUUUGGCAGCAGUUUAGAAAUGGAGCAGGUCCCUUAAACAGCCCCUUUAAAUAGGUCCCCUCUAAUAUUUAAAAAAUAAAUGCCCAGUGCUAUGGACAAGCUAUUCUUGCAGAAUAAGCUGCUGUUGAUGAUAUGCUAACUCUGUGCAAAAUAGAACAGGAUUUGCUGCUGAUUUCUAGAGUGCUGUGACUCUUUCCGGUCACUAUAUAAAAUACAGGCAUUUUUCACCUUUUGUCAAAUUCUUCCUUUUACCUUUUGUAACCACUAUGCAGUGCACUUUCACAGUUAAAAAGUGUUUUUUUCCUCCUCAUACAGUUCUAUUUAUUUCACUUUUGCUGAAAACGCAACAUUGUCUUCAAAUGCAGAAUUACUGACCAUUCCAUUGUUUUACUGUUAGACUGUUUACUCUUACCAUGUUAGACCACACUGAACACAUUUCCAGUCUAAUGAACUUCCUUGUGUUAUUUUUGUGUUUAUUUUGUCAGUCCCUCUAGCCUGAACUCUUUCUCUCAUUCCCGUAAUGUUUUUCCCAAACUCUUCAAGAAGCCAGGCUUAUUCACUUUCUCUGAAACACAUUAUCAGCCACACAUGCAUAUUUCUGACAACUUUGUAUUUCUGUGCCAACAUUGUAUAUUUGACUCCUUUUCCUGUUGCUUGCCUUAACUGUAACUGCAAAUUGCUCUGGUCAAGAAGUCUAUUCUUUGUGAAUGCCUAUCUGUUUUACACUAAUUAAACUGAUUUGCAGAAAGUUAGGAAUUUACUUAAGUUGCUUGUAACUUUCCUUCAUGCCUGAGACAAAGCAGGUCUAGACAGAGACAAACUGAAAUUUUGAACAACCAACUUAACUAUAUGUUACGAAAAAAUUAAAUCACAAAACAGUUUUAUACUUCGAGGUCUGAAAAAAGCUAAGGUGAAAAUUACUUGAUCUUCAGAGACUGAGUUUACAACUUUCUUACCAAAGACUAUUAUCCUGCUGCAGUUGGUAGACUGUAAGUUUGGCUGCCAUUCAGUACUGCUUCUGCAUUAGGGGAAAACAGAACUGCAAUUAAGAGCCUCUUACUGAACCUGUUUGUGAAAUAGUGGACAAAUAGGGCUGUCUGCAUUAAUUACAUAUAUACAAAAUUGUUCAAACAACUUUCUUUUUCUCAGUUUAUUUAGCAUAAUGCUGACAUGGAUAAACAUUACUUUUCUACAAGUGCAUGUGUUAUGUUAUAGCCUGUAUCACAUACGUUAUACAGAAGUUUCUUCUAUACUGUGGUAGAAUAUGGUGCAGACGAAAAUAAAGGUUACUAGAGCAGUGUUAGAAUUUCCACAUUUGGAAGUUUAAAAAUGCAAAUUCAAGAGUAUUACUUCUAUGUAUUUAAUAGUGUGCAAAGAGGAAACUCCAUUCACAAAUCAUUAAGCAGAAGAGUGAGCUUGCCAAAUUCUCUCCAAGUACUUCUGCAAAAGCAAUCUACGCCAGGGAAAAUAUUUCUUUCUUGUUUAUCAAACAAAAGAUUGUGUGUUUUACUUAUCUAUCAUAACAGCUUCUGUACUAGCUGUGGAAUUACUUUCCUCUGCUCUGCACAAAGUUUCUGUGCUUACUGUGGGCUUACUUUUUUCCAUGUUAUCACCCAGAGUUUCCAGUUUGGCUGUGGAGAGAUUUUCUUUUGGGCUGUCUGUAAUACUUGGCUUAUCUGUCACUACCAAAUCUUGCUGACCAGCCACGGAAAGACUUUCUUCAAGACUAUUAGAAUCCGUAAUUUGCUCACAUGGUGGUUCAGGUUUUUGUUUCGUGUAUACUUCCAUGGCUUGUGUUUCACUAUCAGCUUUCACCGUGGCAGCGUUCCUGAAAAUAGCUCUCAUGACAACUGGGACUGACAUGCAACUGAAGGAGGAAAUGAAACAUUAGUCACUACUACAGACUUGAUCCAUUCUUCAGCAUACUACUUUUUUUAAACUGUGGCUGACACCUGAAUGAUCAUUGUUGACACAAUGAAAUCAAGCACUGGAUCUUUGAGCUUAGCAGUCCAAAGAAGCUUUGACAGAAAGACUGGGAGGGUUUGGUCAAAAAAAAAAAAAAGUCAUAAGGGUGCUGUUAAUGAAAAUCUAACCUAAUAUUGAAAUAUAUUCUUUCUUGUUGAGUUUUAUAAUGGUAACUUUCAUGUUUUGUAUAAGACAGGUACAGAGCGUAUCUUCUCUAAAACACUAUCUACAUUACAGGAGGGUUUUUUCCACUCUGAGAAUAGAGUUACCUGGUUCUGGGAACAGUACCAAGUAUCUUGUGACUUACAACAGGGCAGGCUAAUUAAACAUGUUCAGAAUCCAGCCUGCAUUGAUCUUGCUGUCAUCAGAUAGAUAAUAGUUGUAUACUAGCUUAUACCAAAUUAAUUAGUGCUCUCAGUCCUUUCUCUAACAUAUGUUCAUAUAGCAACUUGCCUCUCUUGGAAUUUGUUUCAGAAAACAAGCCAAAGACAGUGUUGUAGACAUGCCAUAUACACCUCACUUUCUGAAAAGAAGCACUGAUUGGUAUUAGGCAGCUGUGGAAAAAAUCCUUUCCAUGCUAUUCUAAGUUACGCCAAUCAUGAGACUGUCAUCAGCUAGAGUCUUUGGAAAAGCAUGUUUACAAAAGAAAAAAGCAUCUUUAUAAAAGGUAAAACUCUCUUCAUUGAAAACCGUUCCCCUGCCCCACAUGCUUUCUACUAGAAAGAAACGCUUUCCAUCACUGUUAAUGUUUAAAGUUUUUGAAAGAGAUACUUAAGACACUGAAGUAACUUAUUCUCACCAUUAUGACUUUUUACCAGAGUGAAGUUUUCUGGUUGCUGAGUUUACGGUAUUGU